AUGUCCGGUAAUCCAGGAGGUGCCAUGAAGGCACUUUCCCCAACACCGCCUGAACGUGGAUCUUUCCCAUUGGAUCAUGAGGGUGAAUGUAGUCGACAAAUGCAGGAAUAUGUAGAAUGCUUGAAAUUGGUUAAAGGUGAAAAUGCACCAAACUGCAGAUUGCUUGCAAAAGAAUAUUUAAAAUGUCGAAUGAAUCAUGACUUAAUGGACAAGGACGAUUGGAAGAAUUUAGGUUUACCAGAAGAUUCACCUGCAAAGAAGGAGUGA